GUUCUGGUUCUGGUCCCGAGCCUCCCUUCAGAACCAGGUAAAGGUUCCUCGCUGUGACUUUAACGCCAGUUGAAUCUCGGCGAUUCAUGACGUCACGCUGUGUGGGCGUGCGCCGCCUAUACAGGUCAAACAGGUCGGACACCUUCCCAUCAAGGCUCUCAGCAGGAUGUAUGCCGAUGGACAGUAAAAAGGCCUUACAGGUUAUUUGUGAGUGAGAAUCUCUUUAAUUCUCACUGCUCGUCAGCUUUACAUCAGACAGAGGAACAGAGUCAGAUGCCUCAACGAGCCGCAACAUGACCGGCGGUGACUUCACUCAGGGAGAAACAAGGUGUGCGCAUCCGACCCGGAGCUGUGCAACAGGCUGACAGGAAGUGGAGCCACACGGGCACAUUGAAAGCGGUGAUGGGUCUGUGCUCGUUCUCCAGUCUGAGGAGGAACAGGUCUUUGAAUGGUUUCUGUGUCUUUGGCGCACGAACGGCGCACAAAGCGGCUCUGUGGAGCUGCGGACUGCUGCUCAGCUUCCUGGGUUUCUGCGCCUGUCUGGAGGAAGAGUGCGUCCUCGGUAUCGUCGGACAGUCGGUCUCGCUGCCCUGCAUUCGCCCCCAGUUAAAAACCUCGGUGAACGUCACCAUCGAGUGGAGGAGAGGCGAGGAGGUGGUGCUCCGGUCGGUGUGGAGGGACGACGGCAUCGUGGAGGAGUGGAGCAUCAACAGGGCCACGACCCCGUCGGACACCAUGCUGACGGGAAACUUGUCCCUGCAGCUUCCCACGGUGGACCCCUCGGAGCACAGCGUGAACUACAGUCUGCUCGUCACUUCAGGACAGAAUCACAGCGUGGAGCUGUGCACCGUGUGCCUCAGGACCGCAGCCAGUUUCAGCUUCCCGCUGCUGCGGAGGGAGAAGGAGGCCGGGCCGGGAGGCGAGAGCGCCUUCUGGUGUCACUCCAGCGGGGGGUUCCCUGCACCUGCAGUCUACUGGCUCAUCAACGACACCGAGGACCCCCCCGACGGCUCGGUGAGGACGCUGGCGGCGGCGCUGCCGGAUUCCCUUCUGUACAACGUCACGAGCCAGCUGAUGCUCAACGUCUCCGAGGACUCCAGCGUGUCGUGCGUCGUGGAGAACCCGUCCAUGAACGAAAACUUGACGUCCACAACCAGCGGAGUGAAAGUGAGGGGCGGCCCCGUGGUGACCGGCAGAGCCUCGGAGGCCAUGUGGAUCUUCAGCACGGCGCUCUGCGCGGUGGUCGGGGUCAUGGUGUUGGUGGGCGUCAUCUACCAGAUUCACCUGGACAGGAUGAGCAAGAAGAAGAAAGAGUUCCAUAAGCAGCAUCUGAACAGAGGAUACAAAAGGAGGAGACCUGAGGAAGAGGCGGCGAUGAAGCCGGAGAAGAAGGAGACCGACGUGUGAAACGAACCCUCGAGACUUUUCUGACUCGAGGAAACAGAGCACGGAUUUGUAAAUACUUAGUUUUGUUUGUGAUCGCUGGUUUUUAUCAGGUUAACAUCCAGAGAUUUAAACUGAUUUAAAUAAAGUUAUUUUGUGACGAUUCUUCUGUUUGUUUCAAGCUUCAAUAAAGACUCAAACCAGCGCUGCAGCGGAUUUAUUUACAUCUAUACAGAAAAUAUGACAAUUUACAUUUGAAUCUUACUUUACACAAAAAUAUUUCUGCUGAUGUUUGAUUUUCAAUAAUAUGAACUGAAUGAAAGAUCUACUCACUGGUGACUCAUCGAUUAGUUGCUUUAUAUAAACAUUCUAUAAAAUGUGCAGUGUUUCCUAAAGAUCAAGACGACGUCCACAACUCAAACAUAUUCAGUUCACUGUCAGAGGAAAGAAAAGCAGAAAAUAUUCAAGUUCAAGAAGCUGGAAUCAGAGAAUUAUGACUUCUUGUUCUUCAGAAAAAAAUCACUCAGACCGAUAAAUCAAUCAACAAUAGUUCAUUUAAAAGUUAACUAAUCAAUUAAUUGUUGCAGCUGUAAAGUCGUCACAUUAGAGAAGCUCCAACCAGCACACGUU